UUCAUCUUUACUGCCUGGAGUCUCACUUGGUUACAAGAUCUAUGACACCUGUGGUUCCACAGCAUUGGGGGUUAAAGUGGCAAUGACACUUGUGAAUGGAAAUGAGAACUCAGCUUCUGAUGACAUCUGCACAAAGCCAGCCCAGGUGCAAGCCAUAAUAGGAGAGACAUACUCAUCAGUGUCCAUGGCUAUAGCAAAGAGUAUCAGUUACUUUGCCACUUGUGAGUGUCUCAGUGACAAGAGGAAAUAUCCCUCAUUUCUACGCACUAUUCCCAGCGAUUAUUACCAGAGCAGAGCACUGGCAGAGAUGGUUAAGCACUUUGGCUGGACCUGGGUGGGAGCAAUAAGAAGAGAUGAUGAUUAUGGUAACAAUGGAAUGGCCACUUUUACCAAAGUUGCAGAGCAAUUGGGCGUUUGUUUAGAAUAUUCCCUUCCAUUUUUUAGAACCUACUCACAGGAGAAAGUGCUGAGAAUUGUUGAGCAAAUUAAAAGCUCCACUUCUCGAGUGAUAGUAGGAUUUCUCACUCAGUGGGAUUUGGAAAUUUUGGUGCAUGUGUUUUCUGAACACAACAUAACUGGAUAUCAAUGGGUGGGAACAGAGGGCUGGAUCGCUGACCCAAUAGUGGCCACACUGGAUAAGCAGAACAUUCUGCAAGGAGCCAUAGGGCUAGCUAUCCCCAAAACAAAGGUGGCAGGUCUGAAGGACUUCAUUCUAGAUAUAAAGCCACUGAAGUCUGUAGGAAGUGCCAUUUUUACCAAAUUUUGGGAGACUUUGUUUAAGUGUAAAUAUACAAUGCAGAAUGUUUCAGAGAACUCACCAGUCUGCACAGGAGAAGAGAAACUGUCUGAGAUGGAAAACGCUUUCACUGACAUGUCCUUGAUGCCCAUUUUCAGUAAUGUAUAUAAAGGAGUGUAUGCCAUUGCCCAUACACUGCAUGAACUUCUUGGCUGCAAACAAACAUGUCCUACAAAUAAGCAGCCCAACCCUUUCACAGUGAGUUAAUACUGAUAGACAGUUUUUCACAUAGACUUUUGACCUUUGUCACACAUGCUGAGCUAAUUUAAAUAAAUCUGUAUUCAUUUUUAACCAAAAAAACACAAUUUUUAAAUUAACAUGUACAUAUGUUACAUAUGUUAUA